AUGUUUACCCUAUCUCCGGUUGUGUCCCUAACCCUCAGGAUUGCGUCCGUGACCUCUAAGAACAUCGGCAUCAUCCACGUCGACCGUCACGCCGACAUCCAGGAAAAGGACCUGGACGAGAGGAUGCACACCACGCCCUACUUCCACGCGACUAACAUCCCUAACGUGCCGGCGAAGAACCUCGUUCAGAUCGGCAUCGGCGGCUGGCAGGUUCCGCGCGCUUCUUUGAAGAACAUGCGCGACCGGCAGACGAACAUCUUCACCAUGCAGGAUCUCGAGGACUUCGGCAUGGACAAGGUCAUCGAGAUGGCGCUCGAAGCGGCUUGGGACGGCUGCGACGCAGUCUACAUGUCCUAUGACAUCGAUUCCUUGGACGCGGCCUUCGUCCCCGGUACCGGUUGGCCGGAGCCUGGGGGGCUGCUCCCCCGGGAGGCGCACAAGUUGGUCGGAGGCGUUGCCAAGGAGGGACUGUGUGGCAUGGAGCUCGUCGAGGUUAGUCCCCCGUACGACGUUUCGGACACCACCUCGCUGCAGGCCUUGCGGUUGAUCGUGGAGACAAUGGGGUCGCUCGUCUCACACGACAAGAUGGGGUCCCACAAGGACAUCAUUGACAAGGAGUUCACACCCUUCUAAAGGCGCUUUUCAAUUUUUGCGCCAUGUCGUCGGAAGGGAUCCUCGUGUCAUUUCUGCCGUCUUUAUCUUCCAAUCGUUCAAACCAUUUUUUUAUCGUGGGCGCAAGCUCCUGGUAGAAUCGAAACCUCUUGGCAUGUUUAUAUGGAAAGGUGGGUAACGCCUACUACGCGCUUUUCGCGAUAAAAUUGAAACAGGGCACCGCGACGUAUUCUUGUAUCGGCAUCGUAGCUUCUCAACAGAAAUGCACCACCGCAAGGCAGGAGGAAGCACUGCUGUGGUGCCGUGCUCUAAACGUGGGUUACUUGCGAUUGCUGAGUACAAAGGCGUAACAAAUGUUGUAUCGUGUUGUUUCAAGGAGUUGGCAGAGACCCCCUGUAUUUGUUUGCGAUGUCUACAUGGCAAUCAGGUGUGAAUAAAGUACACAAUAUAUGAGUUCAGACGAAAUAUCACAUGGGUUGGGAUGGGGGGCAGGGGCGUUGGUGUAGGCUGUGACGGAGAACGCGAGGUGUCGCUGAAUUAAACGUGGUAGUGUUUUCUCUCGCUGCAGCAGCAGCAGCAGCCACCGCAGAUAGUGGGGGGUCCAUGUCACAACAAUGGCAGCGGCGCUGCCGAGGUUUCGGUUUGUACCGUCGCUGUGUCGCGUGCUUGCGUUUGGAACGUUUUCGCCAGAAAACGAAAAAAAAAACCGCGAUGGUUCUAUGCCACGACCAAUAGAAAGUUCCGGCGACGAAUAGACAGUAACAUGCCGACCGUGCAACGGUGGUGGUGUGCUUGGUUGGGUGUUGCCGAGGCCGUGUGCGGCAGGGUGAUUCCCGGAGGUACAGGGGCUAACAUAUAUGCGUAGAAAGCGGUUCGAUCGAAUCCU